GCAGUGGCGGCGGCGACUCCUCCGUGUCCGUCUCCAGCUCUGGCUGUAGCUCCGGCCCGCGAUGCCCCACUCGGUGACCCUGCGCGGCCCUUCACCCUGGGGCUUCCGCCUGGUGGGCGGCCGGGACUUCAGUGCGCCGCUCACCAUCUCGCGGGUUCAUGCUGGAAGCAAAGCAGCCCUGGCUGCCCUGUGCCCAGGUGACCUGAUCCAAGCCAUCAACGGCGAGAGCACAGAGCUCAUGACACACCUGGAGGCCCAGAACCGCAUUAAAGGCUGCCAUGAUCACCUUACCCUCUCUGUGACAAGGCCUGAGAACAAGAACUGGCCCAGUGCACAUGACGACAAGGCUCAAGCACAUAGGAUUCACAUUGACCCUGAGUCCCAGGACUGCAGUCCAGUGACCAGCAGGCGGUCCUCAGUCUCUGGGUUUGGGCUGGACGACAACAGAUCAGGCCUGGGAUCUCCAUAUGGUCAGCCAUCUCGCCUUCCAAUCCCUCACAAUGGCAGCAGCAAUGAGGUCACCCUGCCAGCCCAGAUGAGCUCUCUGCAUGUGUCUCCACCUCCCAGUGCUGACACAGCCAGGGUUCUCCCUCGGAACCGGGACUGCAGGGUGGACCUGGGUUCAGAAGUCUACAAGAUGUUAAGGGAACCAGCAGAGCCAGUGGCCUCGGAACCCAAGCAGUCUGGAUCUUUCCGCUACUUGCAAGGGAUGCUAGAAGCUGGUGAAGGUGGGGAGCGGCCUGGGUCUGGUGGUCCCAGGAACCUCAAGCCAGCAGCCAGCAAGCUGGGUGCUCCACUGAGUGGCUUGCAGGGGCUACCAGAGUGCACGCGCUGUGGCCACGGGAUCGUGGGGACCAUCGUCAAGGCAAGGGACAAGCUCUACCAUCCCGAGUGCUUCAUGUGUAGCGACUGUGGCCUAAAUCUCAAGCAGCGUGGGUACUUCUUCCUAGAUGAACGGCUGUACUGCGAGAACCAUGCCAAGGCACGAGUCAAGCCGCCAGAGGGAUAUGAUGUGGUGGCCGUGUACCCUAACGCCAAGGUGGAAAUCGUCUGAGCUGGGAAAUCUUGCCUCGCCUGCCUCAUUUAAUGUCCCCCAAUGGCCUGUGUAAAUAUAUGUCCUCCUGGCCUCUCUAAUAAAGUCCUCUGCUUGCUGGUGUCUGGUCUGCCAACUUCCAGUACAGGCCAAGGCUCCAGUGUGCCGGAAGAUCAAUUCAGGUGCCAGGGCCAGGCAGGUCUCGUGUUGUUCCUGCAGCCUUGGUUGGAUGGCAGACUGUCAUAAGGGAUAGCUUCGUUAAUACUGAAGUCAGGUGCCACUGUGUAACAAGGAGUUUGACCUGUGUGAGCUUAGGAAAGAUGAUAGCUGAGACCCAAGAGAUGAGGGAGGCAAGAGUCGCCACAGAAUCAGGAAAUAUUCAAAGGUAAGCAUGGGCCGUGAAGGCCCUGGUGUGCCUGAUGUCGGUGUGAGUGGUCAGAGGUGGC